CUACGACGCAACACGACCAUUUUUCGGCAAGCAUGUGUAUGUGGAAAGCUUGUUGUUAGCCCUAUAGCUAACUGCUGCAGUGAACGCUCUUACUUGUUUUCUAAGCUAAAGCAACACAUUCUUAAGUUUAUAGUUUUACCUUGGAGACAUGGAUGUUGGAGAGCUCCUGAACUAUCAGCCUGAUAGAGGAGCAAAGCGUAACAGGGAGGGGGAUGGAGGAGCAGCGGGCGGCGAUGAGGACACCAGAGGAGGGAAGCAGCACAAAGGGCUGAGUGCCAGGGCCAGGUACCGGGAAGCAGGAGUAGGAAUUGAAGGAGGGGGAGAAAUGAGGGAUUAUGACGAUCUGUCCACAGACAGGAAGAAGAUCCUGGAGAAACUGAUGGACCAGGAUGAAGAAGAACCUGAGGCAGAGCCGGUGGAUGAGAGUUCAGUGAAGAAAAUGAUCCUGACCUUUGAGAAAAGGUCGUACAAAAACCAGGAGCUGAGGAUUAAGUUUCCAGACAACCCAGAGAAGUUCAUGGAGUCGGAGCUGGAUCUGAACGACAUCAUUCAGGAGAUGCACGUGAUUGCCACCAUGCCGGACCUCUACCACCUGCUGGUGGAGCUCAAUGCUGUCCACUCACUGCUGGGCCUCCUCAGUCAUGAAAACACUGAUGUUGCCAUAGCAGUGGUGGACCUGCUGCAGGAGCUGACGGAUAUCGACACGCUGCAGGAGAGCGAGGAGGGGGCCGAGGUGCUCAUAGAUUCUCUGUUGGAGGGGCAGGUGGUGGCCUUGCUGGUGCAGAGUAUGGAGCGACUGGAUGAACAGGUGAAGGAGGAGGCAGAUGGCAUCUAUAACACAUUGGCUAUCGUAGAAAACAUGGCAGAGUUCAGACCAGGCUUGUGCACCGAAGCAGCUCAGCAGGGACUCAUGCAGUGGCUGCUCAAGAGAAUCAAGGCAAAGAUGCCGUUUGAUGCUAACAAGCUGUACUGCAGUGAGAUCCUGGCUAUCCUGCUGCAGAACAAUGACAAUACCAGAGAACUUUUGGGCGAGAUGGAUGGCAUUGAUGUGUUACUGCAGCAACUAUCUGUGUUCAAACGGCACAACCCAUCCACAGCCGAGGAGCAGGAGAUGAUGGAGAACCUCUUCGAUGCGCUGUGCUCCUGCCUCAUGCUGGCAGCCAAUCGGGACCGCUUCCUCAAAGGGGAGGGGCUUCAGCUCAUGAAUCUUAUGCUCAGAGAAAAGAAAAUGUCACGCUGCAGCUCUAUGAAGGUCCUGGACCACGGGAUGAUUGGACCAGAGGGAGCCGAUAACUGUCAUAAGUUUGUGGACAUCCUUGGCUUACGAACCAUCUUUCCUCUUUUCAUGAAAACCCCAAAGAAGAUGAAGAAAACUGCCUCUUCAGAGAAGGAGCAUGAAGAACACGUCUGCUCCAUCAUCGCCUCCAUGCUGAGGAAUCUCAAGUCCCAGCAGAGAAGCAGACUGCUCAACAAGUUCACAGAGAAUGACUGCGAGAAGGUUGAUCGGCUGAUGGAGAUGCAUUUCAAGUACCUGGAGGCAGUUCAACAGGCAGACAAGAGGAUCGAAGGAGAGAAACACGAGAUGGUUCGUCGGGGGGAGAUCCUUGAUGACGGCAUGGAGGAUGAGUUCUACCUUCGCCGCCUCGACGCCGGGCUGUUCGUCCUUCAGUUAAUCUGCUAUAUUAUGGUGGAGAUCAGCAACUCAGGAAUAGCACAGCUCCAGCAGAGGGUCCAUCAAAUUCUAAACCUGAGAGGAGGCUCCGUCAAAGUAGUGCGACACAUCAUGAGGGAGUACGCAGAGAGCAUCGGCGACGGGAAAAGUGAGGAGUUCAAAGAGGUCGAGCGCAAGAGGAUCAUGGACCUUGUGGAAAACUUCUAGUCUCACACACUCAAACACACACAAUGUAUUCAACUUUUAAGAACAUUUUAACCCUGCUGGUCUGAUCUAGGACUGAUGGUGACUUAUUUUUUGACAUGCUAAACUAUAGCCCCUGGGGAUGUUUACAUGCACAGCAAUCAAGCUAGUUGCUAAAAGCUAACUGGAUACAUGUUCAUGGUUAAAACUCAAAUUAUCAGAAUUAAAGAAAUACAUCAAAUACACCUCCAUAAACACAAUCUUUACCUGCCAGAGAAUUGGUUAAGAUGAUGUGAUUGCUGUGCAAGUAAAGCUGCUCAGUGAAGAAACAGCAGGAUUGGAGUCUGCAGAGCGGAAGACUGUAUCUUUAUCUGAAACCCACGGCGAACACGAGAUGUACUCGGAGCCGCAGCGCUGUUUAUUUUCUGUCCCGUGGCGUUGAACACCGCGGAAUAAUUAACGGGCCGCUUGCACAGAUCUGCAAACCUAAUAUAUCCAUCCCUCGGCUCCCUCACUUUACCUCGUUUGUUUUUGGAUUUACGUGUAAAAUAUUUUCUAAUAAAACAUUGGGUAAUAAAAUCCUGA